UUUUCUCUCCGUAUCAUUUAGAUCUUUAAUUUAGAACAGAACAGGUUUUCAAAUUAUUGUGAUUGGCAUGUUCACACGUGUGCUCUGCUUUCGCUUUUCGCGGCGGAUUGAUUCGCAAAAACGGUGCUUGAUCAUUGUGGCAUUGGCUGCCUUCGGCGCAAGUGGCCUUUUCCAAUACACAGGGUUCUUCAGGGUUCUGAAACCAGACCACUGGGUUACAGAAAAUACGAAUCUGGUCGAAUGCAGAAACUAUGCAUGGUGCGAAGCAACGUUGAUGUCCGUGGAAGCUUCCCAUACAGGAAUUGAAGGAAUCAUUAAAGAACAAAACCCUGGAUUUGGCCAGUGUUCCAUGGCCGCCACUUUCAUUGAUGAAGUCAGUCGCUGGUAGGGACAUUCUGAAAAGAGAAAUCUGCGAAGGAUCGUCUAAAAAUGACCACUUGACCUGUGGAAGACACGUGCAACAAUUUUGCGUCACUGAUACUCGAGUGACCAUGACAACCACUCUGCGGAAUUCAUCAGAUGGCUUUUUGUGCAAAGACAGCACGAAAAUCAUGAUUCUCAUCAUUUCCGCUCCGGGAAACUUUGAGAAACGAACAAACAUCCGGACAACUUGGGGCAACAAUUCGGUCAUGAACCCAAUUUUUCCUGAAGUACAACUUGCUUUUCUGGUCGGAAAGACAAAUUCUACCGAAGAUUCGAAGAAGAUUUUUGAGGAAUCAAUCAAAUAUGAAGACAUGAUACAUAUCUUGGACCACAUUGAUGCCUACAAGAACUUGACCUACAAGGUUUUGUCAGGGUAUCAAUGGGCUCUUCAAAAUUGCCGAAACGUGGAAGUGAUCGGGAAGUUUGACGACGAUAUAUUUGUUGACAUGAAGACUUUUGUCCUGGCUGUAAAAAAGUGA